UCAUCUGCUUAAAAUCCCCCAUCGCUUCGGACAUUAGCUUAAAGUCUUUCUCCUUCACCUACCAUUCUCUCUCUCUCUCUCUCCCCUUUCGUACCUCUCGACAGAGAGAGUGAAAUGACUUGGUCCGUCUUCAGAUCCAUAAACUCUCCAACUCUCGACCUCUCCGCCGCACUUCGCUCCACCCGCAGCCCUUUGUUCGCCGCCGGUGCAGGCUGCGCUACCCUCGCUGGUGUUUCUCUCUUCCGAAUGUCUUCCAGAUCUCCUCCUUUCGCUUCUCUCAGUGUCUCAGCUUCUGCUUCUGAGAAGAAGGAAGUUGUGGCGACAGAGAAAGCACCAGCUGCUUUGGGACCAUACUCUCAGGCCAUCAAAGCCAACAAUCUCGUUUUCGUUUCCGGUGUUCUUGGUCUUAUACCUGAGACUGGAAAGUUUGUUUCGGACAACGUUGAAGAUCAGACUGAGCAGAUACUCAAGAACAUGGGGGAGAUACUGAAAGCUAGUGGUGUUGAUUACUCCUCCGUGGUGAAGACAACGAUCAUGCUUGCUGACUUAGGUGACUUCAAGAAAGUGAACGAGAUUUACGCCAAAUACUUCCCAGCUCCUUCACCAGCGCGAUCGACAUAUCAAGUCGCAGCUUUGCCACUAAACGCCAAGAUUGAGAUUGAAUGUAUUGCAGCACUCUAGAGCACCAUCAAAUCUCAUCCAGGAAGAGUUUUAGAUUCGGAAAAUGUCAGAACAAAUAAGAGGGGCUUAUCAUAUCAACCAUUAGGUUGGUUGUAAAACCCAUACCCCUAUCAAGAAUAAGUGAUUCUAUUUUAGGACCAGCAUGUUGUGUUGACUUGAUAUUUAUUGAGUACAAUAUUAAAUUUGAAACCCUUUAUGAUUUGAGGUUCA